AUGCUGACCGAAUUCGUCGAAACAUGUGGAUGCAUCGGUCUUCAGCUGUAUCUACAAAAGACGAUGUUAAUGCGGAACGGAUGGGUCUCGGAUGCCCCAUUCACGCUCAACGGAACAAACAUAUCCGAAUGCACCAGCUACGUGUAUCUGGGUCGGGGAUUGAACAUGAUGAACGUCUUGAUCCCCGAGUUGGGCAGGAGGAGACGGGGAGCGUACAGGAGCAUCGAGGAUGUAGUGAAGAAGACCGGGAACACCCGGCUCCGUGCUCACCGCUUCAGCACCGCCGUACUUCCUAUUUUGGCCUAUGCUUCGGAAACGUGGGCAUUUUGCAAGGAGGAAGGAAAUGUGGUGAGCGUCAUUGAACGCGCAAUUGAGAGAGUGAUGAUAGGAGUAUCCCGUUUCACGCUAAUGAGGGACGGGAUUCGAAGUUCUCUCCUACGUCAGCGAUCGAAGAUUAGAGACGUCGCCGCGUUUGCCAAGGAAAGUAAAAUAAGGUGGGCCAGACACGUGAUGCGCUUCAACGACAACCAUUGGACCAGAGCCGUGAGCGACUGGGUUCCCCGCGAUUUUAAGCGCACUACAGGAAGACCGCCGACCCGAUGGUCAGAUUUCUUCACAAAGUCCUUCAAAGAAAAGUAUGAUGCUCUUCGUGUCACACGCGAAAAGAGGAAUCAGUGGGCUACUCUGGCACGCGAUCGGGACAAAUGGAAGAAUUAG